AUUUCUGCCACCGACGCCUCUCCCGUGAUCGGCAAAUGGCUCGCUCGCUUCCUCGUCGGCUCGCUCUCUUCUGCGCCCUGGCCUCCUGCGUUGCGCUCGCGGCGGGCACCACCCGUUCGAGCCGGCGGGGCCUCGCCGUAGACGACAGCCAUGAUGGAGCGGACAGCGUCGGGGUUGGCGGUGGACGCGGGUACGAUGACAGCUUGAUGCCCCGGCCGCCGCCGUCGUCCGAGCCGAGGGCGUGCCAGUUCGAGAACGAGCGGCUCUACAGGGCGUACCUGGUGAUCCAGAAGUUCAGGAAGACCGUGAUCUGCGACCCCAAGGGCGUCACCACCACCUGGGCCGGCACCGACCUCUGCGGCUCCUACAAGGGCUUCUUCUGCGGGCGGCCGAUCAACGUCAGCGACCGGACCGUCGCGUCCGUCGACCUCAACGGCUACAACCUGCGUUCCGACUCGCUGCAGGGCUUCGUGGACGGCCUGCCGGACCUGGCGCUCUUCCACGCCAACUCCAACAACUUCGGCGGCGCCGUGCCCAACCUGCGGGGGCUGCAGUACUUCUACGAGCUGGACCUGAGCAACAACAAGCUCGCGCCGGCCCCGUUCCCGACGGACGUGCUGGGGCUCACCAACUGCACCUUCAUCGACAUCCGGUUCAACAGCUUCUUCGGCGAGCUGCCGGCGGGGCUCUUCAGCUCCUUCCCGGAGGUGGAGGCCAUCUUCGUGAACAACAACCGGUUCUCCGGCCAGCUCCCGGACAACCUCGGCGACUCGCCCGUCAACUACCUCUCCCUCGCCAACAACGACUUCACGGGGCCGAUCCCGUCGUCCAUCGGCCGCGCCGCCGACACGCUCCAGGAGGUGCUCUUCCUCAACAACAGCCUCAGCGGCUGCCUCCCCUACGAGAUCGGCCUGCUGGCCAGGGCCACGGUCAUCGACGCCGGCACGAACCACCUCACCGGCACCAUCCCGCUGUCGUACGCGUGCCUGCGGAGCGUGGAGCAGCUCAACCUGGCGGACAACCUCCUGUACGGCGUGGUGCACGACUCGCUCUGCCGGCUCGCCUAUGACGGCCGCCUCGCCAACCUCACGCUCUCCGGCAACUACUUCACGUGGCUGGGGCCAUGCUGCUGGGACCUGAUCAGGGAGGGGAAGCUCAACGUCGACCGCAACUGCAUCCUGUGGGCGCCCAACCAGCGGUCCUUCCAGGAGUGCGCCGAGUUCUUCCACGAGAACUGGGCCAGGAUGACGUGCCCUGUUAGCAAGUACGUGCCGUGCCACCCCAAGUGGUACGGCGUGGACGCGGCCAAGGAGGAGGCCGUGGCGGCGGAGGAGAACAAGUAUCGGACCUACUCGGCGUUGCACCCGUAAGGGCCCGCCCUGCCGGCGAGGGCAGCUCCAAGUACUGUCUCGUGAGCUUACCCGCACGAUGCAGCUGCUUGGUCGUUGCGACGGCUGGUCUGUGUCCGUUGUUGUUGUUUAUAGUACUUUUCUAGUUA